UAUCUAAAAAAAGCAUUGUAGAUCAAAAUUUAUCAUUUCUUGUUGUAUUCACAGUACACUUACACAUACACACUCACCAAAGAGAUAUACAAAAUAAUACAAACACACACACACACAAACAGAACAGAUCUGUUUGUUCACCAUCUCCGGCAAUCAUUUUUCUUGUUUGUGAUCUACACCGCCGGAAACAGAUCUGCUCAUCUCCAUCACCCACCGACCAUCGAUCUUGUUUUUCUCCGGCGACCCACCUCCUUAAAUUCCAAAAUCUCGUCUCUUUUUAUUUCCCAGCUCAGUUUAUCGUGAUAUAUAGAGGAAAAGUUUAGGUGAAAAUUGGGCUCGUAAGGACAAGCUGAGCUUGUGACUUAUAGAUGUUAUGUAGGAGUUACUUCAGGACAGUAAUUCUGCGAGCUGGGCAUAUAUGCAAAAACGCAGAACGGUCUGCCGUGCAAUUUGCAGUUUCUAAAAGAAGUUUGAAAAUAGUUCCUGCGGUAAGGUUGUCCGUUAAUCAAAAAGGGACGGCGGGUAAAACAAUGGCGGCUACAGAUGGUAGUUCCAACCGAGGUCUAAUUACUAUAACUUCACUUGAGAAGAAAGAUGGUGGUUCUUGUGCAAGCGGGGGAUGGAAGAGCGAAGAUGGAAAAUUGAGCUGUGGUUUCUCAAGUUUUAGAGGAAAAAGGGCUACCAUGGAGGAUUUCUUUGAUAUCAAAACUUGCAAGAUUGAUGGGCAGACAGUCUGUUUAUUUGGGAUAUUUGACGGCCAUGGUGGUUCUCGCGCAGCCGAGUAUUUGAAGCAAAAUCUUUUUAACAAGCUUAUGGAUCAUCCGGAAUUCAUGACAGACACUAAAAAGGCCAUAAGUGAAACUUAUAGACAGACGGACUCAGACUUUUUGGAGUCUGAAAAGGAUAAUUCCGGUGAUGAUGGUUCUACUGCUUCAACAGCGGUUUUGGUUGGUAAUCAUUUGUAUGUUGCUAAUGUUGGAGAUUCUCGAACUGUAAUAUCAAAGGCAGGAAAAGCUAUCGCUCUUUCCGAGGAUCACAAACCGAAUAGAACUGAUGAACGAAAGAGAAUUGAAAGCGCUGGUGGGGUUGUGAUGUGGGCAGGCACUUGGAGGGUUGGAGGUGUUUUAGCAAUGUCACGUGCCUUUGGAAACCGUAUGCUAAAGCAAUUUGUUGUAGCUGAACCUGACAUCCAGGAACAAGAGCUUAGCGAAGAAUUUGAAUUGCUGGUUCUUGCAAGUGACGGUCUGUGGGAUGUUGUAUCUAACGAUGACGUGAUCUCAAUUGCACAGGCUGAAUUAGAACCAGAGGCAGCGGCUAAUAAGCUGAUAGAGACUGCUUUUGGCUGUGGAAGCGCAGAUAAUAUUACAUGUAUAGUAGUGAAGCUUUGUCCUAAUUCCCCAACUGAAUCCAAACUCCCAUCCGUAACGGAAACUGAAACCGAGACACGAAACCAAAUUGAAACUGAGAUCGAGGCAAAACGCCAAGCUGCAACGGAAACUGAAAUUGAGACGCAUCCCCAAACUGAAACUGAAACCAAAUCUGAUGUCCCAACAGGAAAUGUUGCAGAAACCAAAGAUGAAACACAGAGCAAUUCUGAGGACAAAUGAUGGAUGUGGUAAAUUCAGCAAUUUGUUGACCCUUUGGUUUCCAUAAAUUUUGUUGCACCUAUUUUUCGAUGAUCUUGUUAAGGUUGAAGUUCAAUAAUGACAUUGUAUUCAUUUUCAUUCGUUUAACUUAGUGGGGUUUUUUGGUUCGCGAACCCUUCAAUCCAAAA